AUGAAAGCCGUCCCCUCCACUUUCCACCAAUGCGUAAAGUUCCUAACGCCUUCCAGAAUUUUCACCUUGCGUGGGAAUCAGAGAAUGACGAGAUCAUGCUUCCUCCAGGAACGCAAGAUACGCACCGCAUCCUCCUUCAUGAUAAUCGAGCUCCCAAACCAGUCCUCACAUCCAAGUGAAGAACCGGAGCCGAUACCCGGUAACGAGAUCACCAGGCCCAACGCGGCAAGACAUGCCUCCAACGCGCGAGAAGAAGAUCCGCCAAUUUCCCCACGCAAAACCAAUACCGAGUCCGCCUGGAAAUCUGAUUUGAGGCUCAACAUGAGCAUUAAAAAACCCAAGAAGCUCCUCGACCUGUUCGAGAUGGAACAACUUGAGAACGAGCCGCUACGAAGUUACCUCGAUAGAUUCAAGAACACGCUGCCCGACCUCGAUGAGAUCCCCGGAGCAUCCCAGAACUCGGAGGCAGUACUCGUCCAAUCCCUCGGGAACGGACUCCGGUACCGAUCCAGAUUUCAAGAAGACUUCUACCUCCACCCCUUCUCGACCUUAAAGGACGCCUUCCUCCGCGCCGAACAAUAUGUUCGCCUCGAGCAGGACAUCCCGCAGCGAAGAUUUGAAUCAAAAGACCUCAGACUCCAGCUCGGAAACAAAAGAAGGUCAUCUUCCCGUCACCUAGAUGGAUCUACCCCCAAAGCACCAGGAUGCCACCGCAAAUCCUCAUCUCGCCGAGACGACAUGUACAUCAGCGAAGACGACACCGAAAGAAACAUGAAAGAUCAUGCACUGGCCAAUCGCCAUACCUCUCCGCAGUGUGCAUUCUCAGAUCAAGAGAUAUUCAAAAUCAUUGCUGACAUCCAAAAGAUUCCCUUGACGAACCGCCUCUCCGAAGUACCACAGAAGAAGCGCGUCUCGCUGCAUCUAAGCUUCUACGACGGCCGAGACGAUCCCAAGCAAUGGAUCUCAUCCUUCAUGAUAGCCAUAAAAAGACAGAGAUACGCGUCACCGGAGGAGCAAAGUGCACACUUUUGCCAAGCUCCGGGCCAACUCCAUCGACAGCUUCGACGAUCUGGCAGUCGCUUUUCUAAAGCAACACCUCCGCUUCGCACUCGACGACCUCGUCUUUCGCAAAUCCGACGAAGAUAG